GUUCUCCCCGUUCGGUAAGCAGCCAGCUCAUUUGAAGCCAUAUCGUCAAGUAACUUCAAUUGUAUUACUAUAUGACCUCUCAUAAAACGAUCCAAGCACAUGUCAUCUGCCAUCAGAGCUUCCCUAGCAUGUACUACUACCGUUCAGACCUCGUCUUCAAUGCGAGCUGCCCAUUCUCUCUUUAAUCAUAAUUACCAAAGAAUUACUCUCUGCCCCCGCUUGUGCUAUUCCGUGGUAGCAAGGCGCAAUCUGCACGUACUGGUCGUCCCUUCAUUACUAUUAUCACCAGCACCAACGCAGACCAGCGCAUCAACAACAACAACCAUCCCACGACCUAGUAUAUUCCCAACAGCUCCAAAUCUCAAGAAAACAAUGGCGACAGUGGCACAUCAAGCAGCAUCAGAAAAAGAUACAGAAAUAGGAACAGCAACGAAAAUUCAUCUCUCUCCAAUAUCAGACACGGGCAUCUUCAGCACCAAGAUCCGUCCCGACUCAGCGGAGGUAACCAGUGCACUCCUCCAGGAGAACCACGAAGAGCACCAUAUCUUCUUCAACAAUCUCGGAUUCCACAAUCAUAUCGUCCAUCAUCUUCUUACGAUCUAUGCUAUUGGGGCCUCACCGGAAACGAUCAAAGCUGCCUAUGUACGGGGGAAGAGUUAUCAAAGACCGGCCAUGCCGGCGAACGAGGGCAUCGUGAAGGAGUUGUACAUCAAGGAGCAUUUCAUGAGGUAUUUGGGUAAGGAGGAGGUGUAUGCUGAGUUCAUGACAUUCUUUGAGAAGGAGAUACAGGAGAAGGGGGUGAGUAAGGUUGUGAAGGAUUAUUUGUUUGCGGGGGAUGAUAGGGCGGAGGCGUUGUUUAGGAGGCUUUAUUCCGGUCUUCUACAUCCUUUCAUCCACCUGGGUUUCGCGAUUGAAUUUAACCAGCCUGCCAUUUUGGCUGAGGCGUUAGCACAAACUGCCGUCCAUGAGGACUAUAUUGCACCUUUAUACCUCGUGCCUGCCGAAAAGGCUGCAGGAGGGGUUGGGAAACGGGGAGAGAAGACUUUGUUGCAUAUCCUGGAUGAAAUACACGCCGACAAGAAACUGGCUAGUUCGGCGCAUUGGUCAGAUCGGAACAAGUUUAAGGAUGGAGUUAUGACGAGAGCACCGGACGAGAUGAUCAAAUAUGCAAGUCAAUUCACCAUAUCUGGAGACCAACUCGAGGAAAAGAAUGCAGAACUCGUAAAUCUUGCUGUGUACUUCUCCACUGCCUCCCAGCAUCCACCAAAGGAGGUCAAAAUCGACUUCUUUUAUUUGCAUUGUGUCACCUCGUCCAUCUUCUUGUCCAAAUUCAUCUCACUUCCGUUCCUUGACUUGCACUCCAAGACCCGCCUUCUGGAGUGGAAAGGCCGCAUGGACCUCAUCAUGUACGUGUCUCGCGGUGCACCCGAUCUCUCGCUGCAAGAUGUGGUACGGCAUCCGACAAGCAAGGACUGGAACACUAUCUUCUCUGAAAGCGCCAAGCACCCCAAGGAUGACAGUCAUCUGUCAAAGAUGGAGAGAGCCGUUGCCCAUGGCGAAAGAGUAUGCCGACCUUUCGAAGGUCGAGCUAAAGAAAUCGGAUUGAUGAUAACGGGUGAUAUGUGGUUGAAGAUUGCGAAUAUGGGUAAGAUACUUCUUGCUCAGCUUUACUUUUACCUCUUUCAUAUGUAUUGUCCUUUGUAUGCGAUAUACUUAUGAACUGUUUGUAGUGCUUGACUCGGUCACCGAUGACGAUAACCAUCCCUUAUGGGUGCGCUCAACUGGCUUCGAUGAAGCGUGGGAGGAAUAUCCGGAUCGGCCACAAACUUGAAUGCAUUGUCAUCUUGGUCUAGACAAUUAAGGUUAAUAAAGGUUCACAGCAUAGCAUCCUUUUGCUGUGGUCUUUUCCCACUGUAGCUUUUUUUCUAAUCCUGCAGGCUGAACUGGAGCUCUGUAUCUGAGUAGCCCCGGUUAGUGGAACCGGAUAUGACGAGUGGCUAGAGUUGAGACUAAAUUACCAGCAAGCAGACCCAGCAUUGGCUUGAUUAUAUGACAAGGGCCUUCAUAUGAGAGCUCCGGUGUAAG